AUGACAAAUCACACUCUUGUGGGUAACAGAGACAUGACAACUCCUCUAGUCGAACUGUCAGGUAUUGUAAUUCUGGCUGUAGGAGUAUGGAUGCAGGUGGAGUUAUAUAAAUACAUGGAACUAUCAACUGAAUUCUCGUCGACAGCGCCCUAUGUCCUCAUUGCAACAGGUGCUCUCAUUGUGGUUGUGGGCUUUCUGGCUUGCUGCUGCACAGUCAAAGGACAACCUGUAUUAUUGUACAUUUAUGGAGCUUUUCUGAUGAUAAUCUUUGUUUUGGAGCUUGGAGCGGGAAUAUCUAUGUAUGCAUAUCGUGAUAAGCUCAUUGAAGGGUUCGAUAAUGGUCUGAAUCAGAGCAUUCUUAUAUAUCCUUCAGAUCCAGAAAAGAAAAACAGUAUUGAUCUCACACAGUCUACACUUCAUUGCUGUGGAAAUAAGAGCCCUUAUGAUUGGCCAGAUGAAAUACCUCCAUCAUGCUGCAAAGUGACUCCAUGCGAUACCAAGGAUCAUACACAAAUAUACAGCAAGGGAUGUUUCAACCUGGUUAUUGACUUUUUAAAUUCAAAUAUUGGCCUUGUAGGCGGAUCUGCAAUGGGCAUUGCUUUCUUUCCACUUGUGGGAAUGCUGCUUUCUUGCUGCUUGGCCAAGAACAUCAACAAGGCCAAAUACGAGCAGAUGGCCUGAGAGCAGGCAGAGGUUGGCCCAUCUGCUCCAGCACUUGAAGAUCUCUUUGCGCCCCCUCUUCCUGAGUAGUUCUGAAAGGGUAUCAUCUUUAGUUAUUCAAAAUUAUAAUGCCCAGUACAUUACUUGAACAUAAUUUUAAUUUCAUUCAUAUUUUCAAACUUUCAUUCUGAUGUUCUUUUUCAAGAACUUCUGAAUGACAGUUUAGUUUGCUGUGUUUGUUUCUUAAGCUGUUUGCAACGUGUUUCAGCUUAUAUAAUCAAACUUCUUUUAAUAUUAUGAUAAUUUGUAUACAUCAGAAUCUUAAUUUUUAAAAUUAUUUUUAUUUUAUUAUUGCAGCAGAAUUAGUAAUGCUGGAAAAAUGGAUACCAAAAGUCUCUGUAAGUGUUUGUGUUCUUAAAGUGAAUGUUUUCUUUCAAAGGGCAUGUAUCCCAGAUACUACUCAUUAUCUCAAUUGUGAUUAUAUUCAGAAAAUAAAUAAAAUUCAAAAUAAUGUAAUUCACUCUUCAUCACACAUGUUUUAUGACUGAAAGCUAUCUAUCGUAUUCUAUUACAUGAUAUGUACUUGGUAUUAGAAUUUUGUUCCAACUGACUCACCUGCCACUAGGAAAUCUGAGUGGUUUGUAAAUGAUUAUACGCAUGUAAAUGGUAACAUGUUAACUCAGGAAAUAAUACAUUUAUCAGCUAUAUUUGAUCUGAACUUCUUGAAUGUAGUAAAUAAAAAAUAUUAUUUUACAGGAGGAUUUUGUAAAAAUAUAAAUAAUAAUAGUGAAUUAAUUUAAUGAUGUAUAAUUUUCUACUGAACUUUGACAAAUGGAAAAUGACUGCUAUAUAAGUAGGAUUUUUUUAAAAAACAUAUUGGUCAUAUUUAUUUUCAAUUUCAUUUAACUUCUUUUGCUUUGUCAUGGAAUUCAUACACUUUAUUAUUUAAUAAUAACCAUAAUAAUAUAAAAUAUUGGUUGAUAAUUCAUCUUUUUACAUUCCACAGCAAAGGAACAAAUUUUGAUGUUCUAGUGUUUUGGCAGGUGGGAAUGAUGGAAAGUUCAUCCUUACCCUUUUUUUCUUCAGAGCAUAGAUGUUUCUUCAUGAAUGUGGUUUCUAACUAUUUAUCUAUUCUACUUCUUGCCCAUAGCUUGUGAACCAAAAAUUAAAGACAUGUUCAUCAACAUGUUCCUGUACUCUUUGAAUGUACAUUAAUUAAAAUAUGCACAUGCUAUAAUUUCUUUCAAAUACUGUACUGUUUGUGAGCUACAGCAUUGAAAUGAGUGUAUGUAUUAUUCUAAUUGUUCAAGCUCUUUGUACAAAAUACAUCAGAAGUAUAAAAUUUUGACAAGAAAUUUUAUACAUUAUCUGCAAAAUGUGUGUGCAAAUAGUUAUGUAAUUCUGGAAGUUUUAGGCUCUAUUCUGUGUGCACUCACUUUCUCUUCUUCAGUUGCUUAAGUGUUUGAGAAGAAAUGUAUUUUGCAUUGAUAUUAAAAAUUAUAUAGAUCUAAGAAAAUUUUAAUUCUUAAUUUUUAUUUAUUUUUGAGAAUGAAGUGCAUGUAUUACAAAAUGAAAUAUAUCAAAUAUCUUUAAUUCCCAAUUGUUCUUUCCUGUUAAAAAUAAACUGUAAAAAAGUAAUUCUGUAAUUUCAUGUAACAUGCUAUUGAAUGUAAUAGUUUUGUUUACAUUGUAGCAUUGUUAUUUAUACUAGAAAUCUCACAUUUCUGAUUUGAAGAAUGACAAGUUUCAGUGAAACUAAGUGUAUUGAAAUCAGUUGAAAAGUGCUAUAGACUACUUUGGAACCAACAGCAGAUUACUAAUGUGAAAUAACACUUUGACUACUAUCAUAAGGUGCUGUUUCAUGAAAAUGAACUUUUUCAGAUUGAAGAGUAGUGCUCAGAAAUACAUUUAUUUUUAUUGAGUUAAAAAAAUGAGCGUGUCUGAAGUCUUUUAUAAAAAUUCUGUAUGGUAUGCUCUUACAAGUAAGUGGAUUGGUUAUCAUCUCUAAUUUAAUUUUAAGUUCAAAAUAAAAUAAAUGAUCUUGUAUUUUAUUUUUGGAGGAAGUCUAAUGAGUGGGUAUUAUAAAAAUCUAGUAUGGGGUUGAGCAACAGAAUUAAAAUGAUGUAAAUGGUGUGUUUUAAUGAUAAGUCUGAUUAUAUUAUAUUUGAUAAAAUUUCAUUUAGGAGAGUGAAUAUGAAGAUAAUGUAAAUGGAAAAAAUGUAUAUUUUCCAUGUUCAAAGAAUUUUCAAUGGAAAUAUUUUUUGCUCUAUAUUAAGAAGUCAUGUAAGUUUUAUAAUAAGUAUAACAUAGUUUAAUGCUAGGUUGAUAAGCCAUGUUAUGCUGAAGCAAAAAACAGUUUCAAAUUUGAAACUAGCUUUGUACUGUGUUAACAUAUGAAGAGGAUGAGCCUUAUUAGUGAUUGACAUUUUUGUUAAGUUUUCAAUUGUCAACUAUUUGAUGCUUCUUGUUUACAAUUUUUGCAAUUAUUUUUUAUGUUUUUGAACUUAACUUAGAUCAAUGAUCAAGUCUUUACAAUAGGAACUAAAAAUUAAUUAUUGACACAAUCAUUUUUCAGGCAGUCAUUUGAAAAAACUAAUAAUGAAAUUGAAUGAAUAAUUGUAUAACCAAUGUAUACUUAAUAAUUUCAAGUAGAAUUAAAUAGUCCGUUGUUAUUCUCUGUGAAUGACAUGUAUGACUGCAAAAUAGUCUUACUAGCAUAUCAGUUAAAAAGAUUAAUAAAAGGUCUUGUUGUAAACAAGAUGAGCAUCAAUGUAAUAUGCUGUAGUCUUUUUAUUUGUUAUUUGCACAAAUAUGUAUUUGUAAAAGUUCCUCUAUAUUUGUAUUUUGUGUGGGAAAAUAAAAAGUGUAAGCAGUAAAUACU